AUGGGUAGUAGCAAGAACAGAUGGAGAUUUACUCUCCUCCGAUCACCCACCAAUCACAGAAAACCAUCACCACCGCCGGAAUUCAUCUGUCCCAUAUCCGGUGAGCUAAUGGCAGACCCUGUUAUAGUUUCCUCCGGCCAAACAUUCGAGCGGAAUUGCGUCCUCGCGUGUAUUUCCCUCUCCUUCAAACCCACCACCUUCCUCGCCACCGUCGAUUUCACCACCAUCAUCCCUAAUCUCGCUCUCAAAUCCGCCAUCGUUAAUUGGUGUCGAACUAAUUCCUUCUUACCGAUCCCUCAGCCGAUUGAUAUCCGUUCCGCUUUGAAAAUCGUGCAAGCGUUAAUGAAGGAUUCCCCUGAUUUCCCGUUAAUUCGUUUAUCCAGUUGCUUGUCGUCGACAUCGGAGGAUUCGGUGGUUGCGGCUGCAGCUGACUCGUGUUCCACUACUCCUCUCCCGUUGUUAACAACUCGUCCUUUUUGUUACUCAUCUUCUUCAUCCUCUGAAAUCGAUAACUCCAUUGAAGAAGAUGAAGAAAUUUUUUGUAAGCUCAGAAGCGGGUUGACGUCGAAUCAGGAAGAAGCAGUGGAUUCCUUGAGAAAAAUCACACGAAUGAAACAGGAAUCCCGGAUCCAUCUCUGUACGCCGAGAUUACUCUCGGCGCUCCGGCAUCUAAUCGUGUCAAAAUACUCUUCCGUUCAAGUGAACUCCGUCGCGGCGUUGGUAAACUUAUCAUUAGAAAACGCGAACAAAGUGAAAAUCGUAAGAUCAGGAAUCGUCCCGCCGUUAAUCGACGUAUUAAGAGGCGGAUUCCCGGAGGCACAAGACCAUGCCGCCGGCGCGUUAUUCAGCUUAGCUCUCGACGAUCAGAACAAAACCGCCAUCGGCGUUCUUGGCGCUUUACCCCCAUUACUCCACGCCCUCCGCUCCGGCUCCGACAGGUCCCGCCAUGACUCCGCCUUAGCUCUAUACCACUUAUCUCUCGUUCAAAGCAACCGCUCAAAGCUGGUGAAACUCGGGUCAGUUCAAUUAUUUCUAAACAUGGUGAAAUCCGGUCAUAUGACUGAUCGGGUCAUGUUGGUUCUCGGCAAUUUAGCUACCAGCAUCGAGGGCCGGGCGGCAAUGCUGGACGGAGGCGCGGUGGAAUGCUUACUCCGGUUACUGAGUCAUGCGGAAUUUGACUCUGAGUCGACUCGGGAAUGUUGUUUGGGAGCGUUAUAUGGGCUGAGUCAAGGCGGGUUGAGGUUCAAAGGGCUUGCAAAAGAGGCCGGAGCUGAAGAAUUGCUAAUCAAAGAAGAGGAGACAGGGACUGAUCGGUGUAAAGAGAAGGCAAAGAAAAUCUUGGAGGUGAUGAGACAGAAAUAUGAGGAGGAAGAGACGGUGGAUUGGGAGGCGUUGCUCAAUUCCGACGAGUUGACUCGGUCACGAUAUGAACUUGUUUAUGGGAAAGGGUAA